AUGCCAGAUAUACCUACUUUUUGCAAUCUCGCCCUAGAGAGACAUGGGAACGUCUUCGUUCUCACCAUGCAGAAACCACCCGAAAACAGACUGAACUCGUGGUAUUGCCAGGAAAUGAUUCGAGCCUUUCGUACUGUUGAGAAGCUCCUGGGCCCAGACUCUGAGGGUGCAGUUAUUACAAGAGGUAAUGAUGCUAAGUUCUGGUGCACUGGAUUGGAGCUAGAUGAAUCCGACAAUAACCCAUUCGCAAACACAGACGGAUUCUAUCCUCUCAUCCAUACGAUUCUCGACUUCCCAUUUCCAACCAUUGCAUUGAUAACGGGUCAUACAUUCGGUGGUGCCUGUCCUCUGGCUCUUGCACAUGAUUACCGAGUCAUGAACUCCAAGAGAGGCUUUUUCUCAAUGCCACCUGUCAACCUGGGUCUGCACUUCGACGGUAUUGGAUCCCUUCCUAGGCUAAAGCUGCGGCCUCAGGUUGCGCGCAAGAUGCUUCUGGAAGCACACAAGUGGACAGCACAAGAAGCACUACAGGAUGGUAUUGUGGAUGCUAUUGCUGAUCCAGAUCGUAUGCUGGAUGAAGCAUUGGAAAUCGCAGCUAAGUGGGCGCCUAAGGCGAAGAUGGGGGUAUAUGCUUUGCUACGCCAGGAGCUCUGGGGUGAGGCAAUUAAGAAGUUCCAGCGAAUUAGUUAUGUGCACAGUCGAAUGACUUCGGCUCCUGCCAAGGUCAAGAUUUGA